UCGAGUUAGAUGAUAUAAAAGAACACUUUUCAUUCAAAAUUUCAGUAGUCAGUUCAACUUUGUAGAAAUGAGAGUGUUUUUGUGUUUGGCUCUUCUUGCUGUGUCAGCAGUAAAUGCUGCUGGAAAAACAAAAACUGGACUGGAUAAGUCAUCGGAGAAACCGAAACGCAGUCUUGUUUUCCAUGAUGGUGGAUUAGGAGGGAUUAGCGCAUAUGGCGGCAUUGGAGGCAUUAGCGGAAUAAGUGGACUUAGCGGACUUGGCGGAAUAUCUGAAUCAUCUUAUGGACUCAGAGGUGCUUCCAGCUACGGAAUUGGUAGCGCUUCCGCCUACGGACUUGGUAGUGCUUCCGCCUACGGACUUGGUAGCGCUUCCGCCUACGGACUUGGUAGCGCUUCCGCCUACGGACUUGGUAGCGCUUCCGUCUACGGACUUGGUGGCGCCUCCGCCUACAGAUUAGGUGGUGCUUCGGGUUACGGAUUAGGUGGCGUAUCCGGCUACGGAGUCGGUGCAGCUCUUGCAUCAAGCUAUGGAUUGGGAGCCGCUUCUUACCAACAACAUCCAAUUCCUCAUUCACAUGAAUACCGCCAAGUAUCUCAACACGUACCAAUAAGAGUACCCCAACCAUACCCUGUAACAGUUACCAAAUCUGUACCUGUGCCACAUCCUGUACCCGUAGAAGUACCAAGGCCUUAUUCGGUGCCUGUUCAAGUGAGAGUUCCAGUAGAAGUACCCAGACCAUACGAGGUUAAAGUACCAAGACCUGUAGCAGUUCCAGUCCAAGUUAGGGUUCCCGUAGAAGUUCCUAGGCCAUAUCCAGUUGAGGUUUCCAAACCAGUACCAGUUGAAGUAGAAAGACGAGUAGUUGUUAAAGUUCCAGUUUCUGUGCCCGUCUCAGUGCCACAACCCUACACAGUCCAAGUACCAACACCCGUACAAGUGAGAGUACCCACCCCAGUAUACGUAAAAGAACGCAAAUAUGUUCACACUUACAAGAAUAUUGACCAUGGGGUGGUAAAGAACGGUGCAGUCAGUGGUGGAUUAGCUAGUGGUGGAUUAGUUAGUGGUGGAUUCGUCAGUGGUGGAUUAGUCGGCGGUGGACUGGGAAGCAGUGAAUUAAUCAGUAGUGGAUUAUCUAGCAGUGGAUUGGUGAGCGACGGAGUGGUCAGUGAUGGAUUGGUCAGUGGUGGAUUAUACAAUGGUAAUUUGCCUGGUGGCAUAUCAGCCUACAGCGAAGGGAUUAGAGGUGGAUGGCAUUCCGGUCCUCUGAAUUCAUACAGCCAUGGAAAUUAUCACAGCGAGUCUUGGAAAUAGAGACGUUUUAUAAAUAAUUUGCGACAAAAUUAAUAUUAAGCGUUGAAAAAUCAAGUUAAAGUUGGAAGUGAUAAUGAAAGAUCAAUCCGACAGUUUUUUUAUGA